GAAGAGAUGAGAGACGAGAAGAAUCUGCAGAGAAGUUGAAGCAAAAAGGCGGAGGCAGACUGAAAAGAGAACACAGAGAAACAGAGAGAAGGCAAACAAGCUUCCUGAAUCACGUCCAAGAGAAUUAGAGAAAGAAUUGUUGUGUUAACCGUCUGAGAUUUAUUUUCCCCAUUUGAGAGAUAGAAGAGAUAUUCAGGUUGUGUUGAAUCGAUCGUUUUUCUUCAAAAUAUGUAUUUGAUUCCCUUCUCCAAUCUCAGUGAGAGUUUCUGAUGAGUAGAUUAUGAUUUAGAAGGGAUUCCUGUUGAGAAACGUUUCACAGUCGCAGAUCUUUACAGAAAUGGAUACGGAAGAGAAGAACCAGAGAGCAUGUAGAGCGAUAGAGGCGGAUUUUUUGUUGCAGUGGGGUAACAAGAAAAGGCUUAGAGGGAUGAGACUCAAAGACCCUGCAAUUUCCCAGCGAUCCACCGGUUUAAUUCGUCGGAAAAUCACGGCUCGUAGUGUUGACCGAUUCGCAGUCACUAAUACAGAGAAGGGAGUCGCUCUUCUUCAAUCCAAUCGCCUUACCAGGAAUUCGGAGGCAGCAACACUGAUACGGUCAAGAUCGAACGAGAACCAUUGGAAAUCAUCAUCGCCGGAGAGGGAGGACAGGCACUACACCACAAGAGGAUCAAUGGUGGGUGUUGAUGAGAAUGGCAAGGUUUCAUUGGAUGGAAACAAUGUAGAGGAGAAAGGAUUUGUGUGGCCAAAGCUGUAUAUCAGUUUGUCAAGCAAAGAGAAGGAGGAGGAUUUCAUGGCAAUGAAAGGUUGUAAACCUCCCCAAAGACCCAAAAAGAGGGCCAAAAUCAUCCAAAGAAGUUUGCUUUUGGUGAGUCCUGGGGCUUGGUUGACUGAUAUGUGCCAAGAAAGAUAUGAAGUUAGGGAGAAGAAGAGUGCCAAGAAGAAACCAAAAGGAUUGAAGGCCAUGGGAAGCAUGGAAAGUGACUCGGAAUGAGAGAAGGUUCUCUCCCGUUCCGCCAUCUUUUUUUUGGAACAUCAUGUUAUGAGGGGAGGGUAGGGUUUGUUAGAGAAUGAUGGAAGAAGAGCCUCUCUCUUCAACUCCUGUUGUAUAGGCAAACCUUUAUUUUUGCUAAUGAGAAGAAAAAAAAGUCUUUUUUCCCCUAUUU